GGUGAAACGUCAAAAUUCCGCGAGCCGUGAGCGGCCUCGCACCGCCACUAACAUUUUUGGUCGAUAUAGGAAAAAAAUGGUGCAAUUGCCGUUGCGAAAAUGCUACCAUGCGGCUAAGGUGUGUAUUUUCGUGGUGGUGGUGGUAACCAUGUUGGUGGUAUUCGAACAAUGGCGCGGGGGAAAACGCUCGGCGGGUGCACAACUCUUGGACUCAGUGGAUGCGGAGUUUGAGAGGCAGAUACUAGAAGACGAGGCCAGGAUAAUACCUGGGCUGGGCGAUGGCGGUGAGGCCGUGCAGCUCAUGGGCGAAGAAAAACGUCUCGGAGAAGCAUCGGAGAAGAAACUCGCCAUAAACGUCUACCUUAGCGAUAAGAUUCCUUACAACAGAACUCUUAAAGACAUACGCAACCCGGCGUGCGAACGGGUCGUCUACGACGCAGAGCUGCCGUCGACGUCGGUGAUCCUCAUCUUCCACAACGAACCCUACUCGGUGGUCAUUCGCACCGUGUGGUCCGUCCUCAACAGCGCCAGAAGGGAUCAGCCAUUCUAUAAGAAUGCCAAUUUCCGGGAACGGGGCUCUGGAAAACUCAUGCAGCUCGGGUUUCCCGGCCAGGAUCCCAACUCUCCAUAUGUGUACCUUAAAGAGAUAAUACUCGUCGACGACAACUCCACGCUGCCCGAACUGAAAGGCAAAUUGAGUUACUACAUCCGCACGCGUCUUCCGCCCGACAUGAUACGAAUACUGCGCCUCCCGGAUCGCCAAGGCCUGAUGCUAGCGCGCAUGCGCGGCGCGCGCGCCUCUCGCGGCUCCGCAUUGGUGUUCCUCGACGCGCACUGCGAGGUCAACGCCGACUGGCUGCGGCCGCUGCUGCAGCGGCUGAAGGAGAAGCGCGACGCGGUGCUGACGCCCCUCAUCGACGUCGUCGACCAGAGCUCGUUCCACCUCGACGCCGCGCAGAACUUCCAGGUGGGUGGGUUUACGUUCAGCGGCAACUUUAUCUGGAUCGACGUGCCUGAACGGGAGAAGAAGCGAAGAGGAUCCGACAUCGCACCGACAUGGUCGCCGACGAUGGCGGGAGGACUGUUCGCCAUUAGCCGCACCUACUACUGGGAGCUGGGAGCGUACGACGAACAGAUGGCCGGCUGGGGAGGAGAGAACCUCGAGAUCUCCUUCCGCAUCUGGCAGUGCGGCGGCACUCUCGAGACGAUCCCGUGCUCGCGAGUGGGCCACGUGUUCCGCUCCUUCCACCCGUACGGGCUGCCCGCGCACACGGACACGCACGGCAUCAACACGGCGCGCAUGGCCGAAGUUUGGAUGGACGACUACAAGGAGCUGUUCUACCUGCACCGGCCAGACCUGAGGGUGAGACCCGACACUGCCGUUGUUUAUUUGUGUACACACUUAACUCAAUAUAGUGAUUUCUGUUAA